UUAUGAAACUCAAGAGAAAGCGGUUAUGGCCUGCAAGUUUGCAUAGAUAUUAGUUAAGAUGGAAUCUACUUCUCUCGAAGGUUUCAUUUGCCCAGAGUGUUUGAAAACGCUAAGUUCAGUUGGUCAUCUUGAGGCACAUUUCAAUAGCAAACAUUUAAAAAUCCCGAGACAGUCCCGAGAUCGAGAGCAGCAUAACGCAAUCAAUCCAGUGUUAGAUCUUACGAACUCUUUGGCAAUCUAUGACUCCGAAUUUUGGAACCAAAAUACUGAUUCUCACAAUAAAUUAGUCAUAAGAAAUCAUACCGAUGCGUUUAAGAAAAUAAGAGCUAAUUUCGUCGGACCGAAAGCAAUUGAAAGCAAUAAAACGUUAUUGCGACUUGAAAAAAUACUGGCAGUAGAAAAUCCCAAUAACAUCGACGGUAGAAAAGAUUAUGAGAAAUCAGUUGUCAGUUGGGCUAGAGAUGAAGACGUUCCUCUGUGCCCCUCAUGUGGGAAAACUUUUAGCAUGGUGCUACUUCGAAGGAAACAUCACUGUCGUUUAUGUGGGGCUAUAAUGUGCCAAAGUUGCUCACGGCUUGUAUCUUUUACAUUUGCAUCUGCCUUAAUUAAAAGUUUUCUGCAGAAAACUGUGUCAUCUACAAAAGACGGUGAAGACUUUCUUCGUUUAUUUACGGCUUACAACAGCUUUGAAGUUUUGUCACAGCAGUGCUCGACUGAAGAUGAACCGCAGAUCAAAAUAUGCCUAUAUUGUGUCUCUAUAUUAAUGCGAGUUACCCAAGAGGUUACGAAAAGAUUGUCAAACAGUGGAACUGAAAUUUUAUACAAGCAGCUGUAUCGAAAAAUGGAAGAAGUCCACGAGAUGAGGCCAAAAUUUCUUCAUGCUGCCACAUGUUUGAGCAAGGGUGAAUCAGAUUACACAUUCGGAGAAGCGACUGAAAUGCGGCAUAAUCUUCUGAAAAGCUACGAAGUAAUCGAGGGCCUUAGCAAGCGCAUUGUGAGCGGAUGCUCUUCAUCACCGCAAGAGUACAAACUGGCAAUUGCCAUCCGAAAACAUUCCCAACUUUUUCUUCAACAAAAUUUAUAUGCGUUGCAAUCUUUGCCUACUCAAGAGCAAUACUUGAUGCAAAAGGAGAAUAGAAAAACUGCAGUUCUUCGAAAGUUAGAGCAAGACAAACUAGAAGCGGCCUACUUGGGGUCCGGAACCCCGACCAGGUCCACUCCUAGCUCCAGUCCUGACAGAUCUACCAGACCUUCCAAGCGUGCCAAUGGCUUCCUUCCAGCUGCUUCGGUAUCAGGGGCAGUAGGUGCUAGUGAGGGGGAAGACCCAGUUCUGCUACAAAUCAGACAAGUGCAAGGAUAUCUGACGCAGGCCAGAAAUGCUGGACGCAAUGACGAAGUCCAAAUGUUGACAGAAAACUUACGCCAGCUGCAGACCCUAUUGAACCCGAAGUCAUUGCCAUCAUGAAUUAGACUUAGCUUUCCUCAAAUUAAAAUCGACCUUAGAUACUUUAAACUUUGUAAUGCAAAUAUUACAAAUGUUUAUUUUUCCACUGUUAGUUAAAUAAUACGUAGCUAAAUCAAAUUUAAUUAGGUUAG